AUGCAACAAACAUGUGAGAACGAACUAGAUCAAACUCUAGUACAAUACAAAGGUCUGUCUAAUAUAAAUAGUAUAGCAGUGUUUGGCUUUCUAAAUGAAAUUUUAUUUAUAAAAACACAAUUCAACUUUGAUUUUACAACAAAUUAUAAAAUAACAAAACGACAAGUAACAAUAACUGUUGGAAAUCAAAGAGGAAAUGGGAUAUCAGAAUCUGGUAACUCUAACAUAUCAUUACCAACAGUAGUUCAAUAUACUGUUUUGAAAGAAGAAGGACAAACACAUGGUAGUGUCGGCACACUUAUGUUCAUUGAUGGGAAAGUAUUUUCAAAAUUACGAGAGAGAUGGAAAUGA